GUCCUUCUGGGAAGCACCUACAGAGCACACCUCGGUCAACCUUUGCACAACAUUUCUCCAUUUUACAGAUGACCAAAAGAAAAUGUAGUUAAGGCUGAUGUGAAACGUGAGAGCGGACGACAGCAGGUGAAGCCAGAGGAAACUCCACUGACAGGUGACCAGCCUCAUUUGACUGCAUCAAGAGGUUGCUGGCUCACAUUUCACCUCAAAGGCAUGAUGAUAACACUGCUGCUACCUUCCACUAGUCACUGAGCCGAGGAGUCCCUGUCACUCAACCUUGCCACCUAGUGGAGCUCUGAAGGUUUAACUCCCUCCUGGUCAACAGAGAACUUCCAGACAACUACCUCCCUCAUCUGGGGAGAUGCUCGCCCUGCAACAUUUCCCACAGAUCCCAUUUCUAUUCUGCCUGCCGAGGACAAUACAAGACUAACCAGCUUUGCACUUUGCUGAACACCGGCUGGCGAAGGAAUCAAACCCUCCCCUCCAGCUUCAGUUACAGGACUUCAAGUGUCUGCUGGACACUCACACAAAAACUGUUCUUUGACCGACCUAUGUGUGAUACACACCCAUGACCCAUGGCUUCAUGCUAGAGUUAAUGGUCUCAUCCAACAAGAGGCAAAUUGAGGCACACAGGAGAAAUCACACCCCAUAAGAGACUGCAUAAUCGAUCAAGAGCAAAGCCAGAUGGAACUAACAUCAAAUGGCUCACUCAUUACAGCGACACCAACAGCAACACAAAACGACACUUUGACAAACCAGGGAGCCAAAUACACCUCUCACAACUGGGAGUUCCUGGUGGCCGUUCUGGCCACAACCAUCUCUAUCUCCAUUCUCAUCGCCCUUCUGGCCAAAUGCCAGGUGAUUCGGCGUUACCUGGCCAGCUACAGGCACACACGGCUGAGCGAGACAGACACAGUUAGCCACUGCGACCCGUCAGGCCUGGAGGUGGGAUUUGCCAUGCGUGGGGGUCAUGCAGUAAACCCUCACUCUUUGCCUCCUGUGAGCGAGGAGGAUGAUGACGGCUUCAUUGAGGACAACUACAUCCCAGCCAGUGAGAGAGCGAGGGCUGAAAGAGCAGCGGAGAUCAUGGAGGACACAGAGGAAGAGAUGGAUGAAAUUGAAUUCACCAUCGCUUAACAGGACGGUCUCUCUACACCUGCUUGGCUGUGUAAACCCUGAACCACCAAUGCCACUCCCAACUUUUCUUUACUGUUCUGUGUUUUUGAGAAAGAUCCAUAUUGCUGAUCUCAAAAGGGGUACUUGGGAAACAUUGGUUAAGUUCAGCAUAAUAACGUAAAUACCAGUGGCCGAGAACAUCUUAUUUUUAAGGCAGCACAGAAUGACUUCAUGCAAGUUGCAUUAUUAUGGCAAUAGUUCUCAAUGUGCAGUCUCAGGAUCCAUAAAAGUGAAUUUCAGAAUAUAUUAAGACAAUGAAUAGCCACUUUUGUCGUGCAUUAUUUGUCAGUGUACUGACAGCAGUAACAGUGAUGGUCACAAUGUGUUUCUCAGUUAGUGAUAAAGAAUCAAAUUUUGUCCUGAAGCAGCAAACAUUUCUCUCCUUUCACAAGAGUGAAAAAGAGAUCAAAGGGUCUUCUGUAAAUAUGAACAUUAACCAAUCACGUUUGUAUCUGUGGACAGCUUUUGGCUGAGCUGAUUGGUUGACUGAUUAAUUGAUUCGACAGCACGGGUUAUGCACGUUUAUCUCUGUGUGGUUUGGACAGAUAAGCACAGUUGUGCUGAAUGUAAAUGGGAACAUUUCACUUUGCGCUGUCAUGUUUUGUCAGUGUCAGUAAGCAAAGGUGCAGGUACAGUAUGCAUGGGUGCAUAAUAUGAUUGAAGAUCUAUUUGGCCUUUACAGAGAGCAGUGAGUAUAGCAACAGAGCAACUAAGGAAUCUGCAAAGUGAUGCUCUGCAGAGUGGCGACCAUGUUUCCUUUCGAAGAGCACUCUCAGACAGAUCAAUACAAGGGAAAAGAGCCUCAAAGGAAAUUUAAAUGUAUAUCUUUACAACUGUCUUGUUACAGCAUCACUGCACACUGUGAUGUUUAAUUUUUCAAAAGCUAUAAGUACAGUAUGCCUUUUACUGAUUUCUGAAUGAUCUCAGAGAAGGUGUGACUGCUGCUACAUAAAAAAUGUAGGCUGCCUCAUUUAAAGCAAAAGCAUUAGCCUACUUGUAAUGAGUUACUGUCCACUUGACUGCUAUUCUUAGAAGGUUAACAAUAGACUGGAGCUGUGCAGAAAUUCAGCACUCCUCUACUGUGAAAUUGUAAACAGAGUGACCUCAAUAAAAAUC